GAGGGUAGAGGUUUAGGGGAGAGAUUCUCUUUGAGGCAGUGCUGCAACAUUAAACUGUGGAACUCUGGCAUUUUUGUCACAAUGAAGUUUGAAGACCUUCUUUCAGACAUUGAUGGCUUUGGAAGGUUCCAGAAGAUGAUUGUUUGCCUUAGUUUCUUGGGACGUGUCACUUUACCAUGUCAUUUCUUGGUGAACAACUUCAUAGCGGGUAUCCCACCCCACCACUGUGACAUCAGCGGUCUGGAUGCUGCGGGCGUCUUUGGGAAUCUGUCGGUGGAGGAGAGACGGACGGUCAGUAUCCCGCUGCAGGCGGAUGGGACGCUGUCUUCCUGCCUCAUGUUCCCAGAGCCCCAGUUCUACCUGCUGCUCAACACCUCCAGCAGCACCGGACUUCCUGCAGAACCGUGUAGAAAUGGAUGGGUGUACGACAACAGCACCUUCAAAAGCACACUGGCCACUGAGUGGGAUUUGGUGUGCGAUAAGAAGGGGUUGAAUAAAGCCACUGCCACCAUCUUCUUUGUGGGGGUCAUGUUUGGAGCCAUGACCUUUGGUGGUCUGAGUGACAGGUAUGGACGCAGGAUAAUGCUUCUGGUGUCGUACGUGUCUGGGAUGAGCUUUGCGCUGAUCAGCGUUUUCUCCACCUCCUACGUCAUGUUCGCUGUGCUCAGGUUCCUGAGUGGCUUCUGCAUCACAGGCAUCGUCAUUGUCACCUCCGUGCUCAUUGUGGAAUGGGUGGACAUUGAGAGCAGGAAGUUAGUGGGGGUGAUUGACAGCUUGUCAUGGACAUUUGGAUUUAUGACACUGUCCACACUUGCAUUCCUCAUCAGAGACUGGAGAUGGCUGAUUGUGGCCAUCACAGCACCAGUGGUCAUAGCCAUAAUAUCAUGGAGAUGGGUUCCAGAAUCAGCUAGAUGGUUGAUAGCAAACGGGCGGCUAGAUGAAGCUCACUACUACUUAAAUAAGUGUGCUAAGAUGAACCGCCGGCAGGGAAUGGCUUCCUCCAUCAAACCAGAGAAUCUGUCUAAUAUUGUGGUGACCAAUCGGAACCGGAACUACUCCUAUCUUGAUCUGCUGAGGACUCCCAAGAUGAGGAAACUGGCACUACUUACAGGUCUUACUUGGUACGGAGUUGCCUCCACCUUUUACGGCAUCAGUUUUAAUAUUACAGGGUUUGGAGUGAAUAUUUACCUCACACAGUUUAUAAUGGCCGCUGUUGAGAUCCCGGCUAAAGUGUCUAUUUUCUACCUUCUGGACAAGAUUGGGCGGCGCAAGACUGAGUCCGGUGCUCUUUUCCUGGCUGGGUUGUGUCUCGCUAUCACCGUAAUCGUCCCCAGAGAGCAACGGGUAGUGAGAACAGUAGUAGCGGUGCUCGGUAAGGGGUGUUCGGCGACUGCCUUUGGCACUCUGAUUCUGUACAGCUCGGAGCUCUAUCCAACCGUGAUCAGGCAGAAUGGCAUGGGCUAUAACUCCUUCAUGGGUCGUGUGGGGGUGGCAGUGGCUCCCCUGAUCCUACUGCUGGAUGAUGUGUGGUUGGGUCUUCCUCAGCUCAUCCUGUGCUGCAUUGCAGUGGGGUCCAGUUUAGUUGCGAGUCGACUGCCCGAAACACGAGACCGUUGCCUGCCUGAGACCAUCGAAGACAUCGAGGGAACAAGAGCACCACAAGUGGAAUCCCCGGUCCUCUCUCAUGGGAAUGCAGACAGUGAAGUCGGAGGAUGAAAACAACUGAUCAUUUGUGGUGUUUCAACAUCACAAACCUGACUAUUACUCUUAACAAAUGCUAAUAAAA